UAAGAAGGAAGCAGCAGACAGCUGUCCAGCUAUGCCGAAGAGCAGCAAGCAAUUGUUCAGGUUGGUAGGUCGAAAUCUUCGUAAAGGUAGAGAUCAUUUGAUGUGGGUUCUUCUACAGUUUAUAUCUGGAAGCAUACAAAAAAAUCAUUUGAAUGAUUUUUUACCUGUUAUGAAAUUGUAUGACUUGCUGUAUCCAGAAAAAGAACCUUUACCAUUUCCUGAUGUAACAAAAGCUAGUUCAACUCAUGCCUUGGCUAUUACCUGCAUAUGGAUUCAUCUUAUGAAAAAAGCUCAGCUAGAACAAGUUAGCCUCCAGAGAAGAUUGCCUCCAGCUUUGACAGCUCAUUUAGAGUAUUUGCAACACAGUCUGAGCAAUAACAACUUAUCCCAUAGCUUGAAUACAGACUAUAGGAUAUCACUGUUAUGUAAUGCAUAUAGCACCAAUCAAGAGUGCUUUACGCGACCUAUGGGUGUGCUUGUUGAAGCUGUUCAAGGUAAUCCAAAGCAGCAAGCUGCACUCACAGGAGGAGCUGUUUCUGGUCCUAUUAAGCCUUUAUCAAUGAGCAUAUUAGAUUCACUGACUGUUCAUACAAAGAUGAGCCUCAUACAUAACAUUGUAACACAUGUAAUGAAACUUGCUCAGACGAAAUCAAUGCUUUGUCUUGCUCCUGCAUUGGUGGAAACAUAUAGCAGAUUAUUGGUAUACAAUGAAAUUGAGAGUCUUGGCAUAAAAGGUUUUAUAAGUCACCUACUACCCACUGUUUUUCGAAGUCAUGCGUGGGGAAUAUUGCACACUUUACUAGAGAUGUUUAGUUAUAGAUUACAUCACUUUCAGCCUCAUUACAGAGUACAGUUAUUAAAUCAUUUGCAUAGUUUAGCAGCUGUGCCUCAGACUAAUCAGACUCAGCUUCAUUUGUGUGUUGAAAGUACUGCUUUAAAACUUAUAGCAGGAAUGGGAAGUGCUGAAGUUCAACCUCAGUUAUCUCGAUUGCCUGCAGAACCUAAAUCAUUAUUAUCUGGUGAAUCAGAGGAACUCAAUAAAGUUCUGGUUUUAACCAUUGCUAGAGCAAUACAUGUUACAGGUUCAGAAUCUCUGUCUGGCACUUGGUGUAAGGAAAUACUAACAACAAUUAUGCAGCAUACUCCCCAUAGUUGGUCAAGUUUUACUUUAAUGUGUUUUCCAAGUGUUCUUGCUGAUUUUUUCCAGCAACAUCAAGCUGCUAAAGAAAAUAAAGCUCAGUUAAAACGCUCAGUGGAAGAGGAAUAUAGAAAAUGGAAAACUAUGAGUAAUGAGAAUGAUAUAAUUUCUCAUUUCUCUCUACAGGGCUCAUCACCUCUUUUCUUGUGUUUGCUGUGGAAGAUGCUUUUAGACAAUGAUCGUAUUUCUACAAUAGCAUACAAAAUAUUGGAUCGUAUUGGUGCCCGAGCCCUUUCAGCACAUUUAAGAACUUUUGCUGAUUUUCUUGUCUUUGAAUUUGCCAACUCUGUAGGGGGACAACAUGUUAAUAAGUAUAUUGACGCAUUAAAUGAUUUAAUAUGGAAAUGCCAUGUCAUACAGUUGGAUAGACUUAUAUUAUGUUUGGCACUACGAAGUUUUGAAGGAAAUGAGGCUCAGGUGUGUUUUUUUAUUAUCCAUAUGCUACUCCUUAGACCAACAGAAUUCAAGAAUAGAGUGUAUGAUUUUGUGAAAGAGAAUUCUCCAGAACAUUGGAAGCAGUCUGAUUGGCAUGAAAAGCAUCUUAUGUUUCACAGGAUGUACCAAGAAAAGUUUUAUUUCGAGGGGCUACAUGAUCUAAAUACGCAAAGUAGUCAACAUACUUACUUGCCAGUGUAUUUUGGAAAUGUAUGCCUGAGAUUUUUGCCUGUUAUGGAUAUUGUUAUACACAGAUUUCUAGAGCUUCCUACUGUUCCAAUGUCUGUUGAGGGUUUGCUUGAUCAGCUAGGAUGUUUGUACAAAUUUCAUGAUCGCCCUGUGACAUAUCUGUAUAAUACUUUGCACUAUUAUGAGCAAAAGCUAAAAGACCGUCCACCUAUGAAGAAAAAACUAGUAUCUGCUAUCAUUGGUUCCUUGAAAGAUAUACGUCCUAAAGGCUGGGCUCUUAGUGAAGGAUAUCUUAAUUAUAUGGCAAAAAAUUCAGAUGAUUUAGAUUGGAUACCAGAACAUGACUACUAUGUGAAAUUAAUUGGCCGUUUAGUAGAUACACUUGGUGGAAAAUCCCCAUUUCCUCAUACUGAUUGGAGGUUUAAUGAAUUUCCUAAUCCAGCUGCUCAUGCACUACAUGUAACUUGUAUUGAACUUAUGGCUUUACCUAUUUCUACUAAUGCUGUUGGAAAUGCCUUGCUGGAUAUUAUUCUGCGAGGACGUACUGUAACUGCACAUUCUAACAUCUUGGCUUGGAUGAAUGCAGUUGGACUUGUUUUAACAGCCUUGCCUGAGGCUUAUUGGUCUGUUUUGAAUGAUCGCAUAUUAGAAGUUAUGCAGUCUCCACUUCUUGCAAAUCCAUCUCCUGAUAUGGAUCCAUUUUUGAUGUUUGAUUUUGCAGGCAGCUAUAACAGUAUGACUGAACUCCCUUGCAGUUAUCUUGUUGCACUCACUCAUGCUGUUUGGUAUCAUGCUAGCAUUGGACAGAUUUGUACAUUGACACAAUUGUUGAAAGAAAAGUUUAAACCUGCUGUGAAGACUGAGGAACAAUUUUUGUUCAUCUGCCAUUUAGUUGCUCCAUUUUUACAGCGCUUUCAUGUUGAAAGGACAAGAUAUGCAAUGGAGAUUACAGUAGAGCUGUAUGAAAUGUUAGAAGCAGUGGAUAAAAAUUGUGAGCAGUUGCGAUACAUUGAUUCAGUUUGUGAUUUAUUGUAUCAUAUAAAAUAUAUGUUUAUAGGUGAUUCAAUUAAAAAUGAUGUGGAAAGGAGUAUUCGAAACUUAAGACCUGCUAUUCAACGUAAACUGAGGUUUAUAACUCAUCUCAAUAUAGAAGAAAUGUCAGUAACAUGAGCAUUAAUCGACUGUCAUGAUUGAAUAUGUAUUAUAAAGUUGUAAAUAUUCAUUCAUCUGCAUGAAGUUGUUUUUAGCAUUUUAAGAAACAGCAGUUUAUAUGAUGGAUCAUCCUAUGUGGACAUUCAGUAUUUCACCUGCAGAUUUGCUCAUAUAACAUAUUUAAAAUGAUGUAUAUUAUCUUUAGUGUCGUUUUUAUUGUCUUAUCAUGAGAUUUUUAUAUCAAAAACAUUAUUUUUGUAUGAACUUUUCUUUACUGGAAAAAUUUUUAUAGGAACUAAUGAUAGUUCAUGAACAUUAAAAAGUUAGAUGAAAGAAUUUGAAUAGUUUUUUUUUC